AUGGAUCAUCCAGCGGUCCAGUCCGUUUGCUCAAUCGCUUCCAGCAACAUCGUCACACAGUCCAUCAUACGCCAUUUCGACCAAUUUCCUAAUUCGCACACUCUCGAACCUGUCUACAUGGCGCAUCUCUUCACUUCGCCGAUUCAACCGCAACAGAACUCGCGCCUUUUGAGCCUCCCACCAGAAGUCCGCCUGCAGAUUUACGGGUACGUCUUCGACUCGGGUCUAAGUCUGCAACUUGGUCGCCGUGCAUACGUUCAACUCGCGCUGCUGGAAACAUGCCGCCUCCUCCACAGCGAAGCCCACAAGCUAGCCUUCAACCAGUGGUACUUCCACGUCCUUGAUGGGCCCCGCAUGAUAAAGGGUACACCGUUCUUUAGACGAUUUCCUCGGAGGUGGAACGCUUGGAAGGUUGGAAAGGCGAGGAAAUCGGACGCGCGUGAGCGCUUCAGGAAGAAGACUCUUUCCCAGCGCCUCUGGACCCUCGGAGCACGGGUAAAUCACCUGCGCUUUGUGGGUAUCACAAUGCCGCACUCGAAGCUCGACCCGCUGAGCGCUAACAACCCAUUCCUACUGACACGUCUGCCGCUCACCGAACUCACCAUAGGCCUUACCGGCUCCGUGGGCGGCCACUGGAAGUCAGACGUGAAGAUUUACUUCUCGCUCAUCAGCUCCUUGCUUUACCUAAGCCGGGCCAUCAAUUCAGACGGUCCACUUCAACCAAUUUAUACCUUGAAGAAAGAGCGCAUGGAGCGGUUCAUCGCUCUGCAUCGCUGGACAUAUGAACCACAACCUGUCGAGCUACAUCGCAUGCUCGGGGCCCUCGAGACAAAGAAAGUCACCGUUCGCGCGACGCAGGAUGUGCUAUGGAAGGCUUUUGUGUACUUCGGCCUGAUACAUCGGAAUGCUUGGAAGGUCGUGCCGUCAGACUCGGAGGAGGAUGAGUACAUGCACUUUGUGGAUGAGGAGGCGUUUUCAGGGGGUGGGGUGUUGGAGUUUGGACGGUUGGGGAAGCGUAAGGGUGGGCUUCGGACACCAACCAGGGCGGAGUGA